AUGGCGCUCUCUGUAGCAGGCAGAUAUGCUAUUGUCACGGGUGGUGGCUCAGGCAUCAAUCUCGCAUUUACGAAGAAGCUUCUGUCGCGCGGCUGCUCGGUUCUGGUUGGUGAUAUAAGCCUACGACCAGAGGCCAAGGAGCUUCUGGAUCAGUAUCCGCACGAUCCAUCGACACCGCCAUCUACCGACAGGCCUGUCGCGCUCUUCAAGAAGACGGAUGUCGCGUCGUGGCCACAGCUAUCGGCGUUGACUCGAGCGGCUGAGGCGGCCUUUCCACAAAUUGACAUUGUUGUUCCUGGCGCUGGCAUCUUUGAGCCCAGAUGGAGCUCUUUCUGGGACCCUCCAAAGUCACCAACAAAUCCAGAUAGCCCGUCUCGAGACGACGCAGACGGCGAGCCGGGUCAUUACGCCGUACUAAAUGUCAAUUUGACGCACCCAAUCCGGCUCAGUCAGCUCGCAAUCGCUCACUGGACCUCACGCCGUAUUCCGGGCUCGCUGCUCGUCGUUGGUAGCAUGGCUGGAUACGUGCACGGUAUCGGGUCACCAUUAUACUUUGCUAGCAAACACGGCCUGCACGGCUUUGUGCGCAGUCUCGGCCGCCUGCGAGACACGGUAAAUAUUCGCACAGCGGCUAUUGCGCCAGGUGCCGUCAGUACACCACUAUGGAGCGGUGAUCCCGAUAAGAGCAACCUGAUCAGCUCAGACGAAAUUGCAGCCAGCGCGGAGGAUAUCGCUGACGCCAUGUUGGAGCUGCUGGAGAAUCCACAAUACGGUGAUGGGACGAUAUUUGAGGCAACGGCCAAAGGCACGCGAGUAGUCCCCGCGUUUAACGCCCCUCCACCAGACAUUGAGGAUGGAGGUAUAUCGGAGUAUGAGGCCGGCGUGUCGAGACAAUGGGAGAAGAAAAUCACAGAGGAGGGGCUAAAGGUUUAG